AUGGCUUCUAGCGGCUCAAGCAUCGUCGGCGGCGGCGGCGGCGGCCACGAGGCAGUGCGGGCUCGGCCGUCUGAGCGGGCGGCUGCCGUGAGGAAGAGGAAGCGCGUUGUGGUGUCAUGCAUCGAAUGCCACCGGCGGAAACAAAAGUGCGAUCGCGAACUGCCCUGCGCCAACUGCCGGGCCCGCAGCAAGGCGUCGUCGUGCCGGUACGAGCCCGGAGCGCCGACUGCUCGGCACCAAGACGAGCUGCGCACGGCCGGCCCUGCGGGCCGUGGCGACGGGCCGGACCGCCGAAACGACGAGCCGCUGUCGUCGACGGCGGCGACGUGGGGCUACGGCCAGACGGGCGGGCCGUCGACCAUUGCCUUUCUCAAGACGAUCGAGGCGGCCGACGCCGAUGCGGGCGAUGUCUGCACGCCCGAGCCCAAGCCGCAUGGCUUCGCGGUGCGGGAAAAGUACAAGGGCCUGGCCAGGCAGCUCCCGGCCCCGUCCUACGCCACCAAGCUCAUCGGCAUGUUCCUGGCCGAGUUCAACUGGCAGUACGACUUUGUCCAGCCCGACGUCUUCCUCCGCCAGCUCGACGAGUGGAACAGGUUGCCGGCCGGCCUCCUCUCCUCCCAGGGCCCCGAGGGCCUGUCGCCCGACCUCCGCGCCUUCCCGGCCGCGCUAUUCCAGGUCAUGGCCAUGGCGCUGCUGCUCGUCUCCGACGGCCAGUCCUCGGGGCUGAGUGGCGUCAAGUACGCCGAAGGCACGACGUUUGAGGAGCUGGCGUGCGAGUACAGCGAGGCUGGCGCUUCCAUUGUGACUCUGCUCGGCAAGAAAAGCCUGUCCCUGACGACGGUCCAGGCCGAGUUUCUGCGGGCCUCGUUCUUGAAGUUUACCGCCAGCGUGGCCGAGUCGUGGCACAUGAUCAGCAUCGCCAUCCGAGACGCCCAAGAACUUGGGAUGCACCGCGAUGGCCUUGACCCGAAGCCCCAGGACGCCAGCCUCGAGGCAAACUUGGAGAAUCAGUGGCUGAUCCAAAGACGGAGGCAGUUGUACAUGAUGCUUGCGGUUUGGGACAUCAACAUGUCCAUCAUACUGGGGCGGCCGGGCACCGUUGAUAGGAGACAGCGCAUGCCGUCCAUUCCCGUCGACUAUCUGCCUUGUCCAGACGGCAGCCUUGGGCCGAUUGUCCCAAGGCGCGACAGCCAGGACCCGCCGACGCCCGUGACCCGAGCGCUCUGGCUGCAAGCGCUGUCGGAGCCGCUGCGGGAGAUGUUGAACCUGGAUCACGACGGGCCGGGCCCCAACGACUUCUCCAGGGUGGGCCAGCUCCACCAAAGGAUCCUGGAGCUCGACGACAAGAAGCCGGCUUCCUUCCGCGUAAAGGACCCCGACAGGCGCUGGGACAGCUCUCCAGACACCUGCUGGGUACCGCAGACGAGACUCUACUUUGCACAGUUACACGAGUUUAGCCUGAUGGCGCUUCAUCGACCGUACGUCUUCCACCGGAGGGAGAGCCGGGUGGCGGCCAUGAGGGCGAGCCUCGAGUUGCUCGAGCUGCAGCGCGUGAUUUUCGAGGAGGCUCCACCCGAGGCAUGGAGGAGCUUCGUCUUGUUCUUUGGCAGCUUCGACGCCAUUGUGUUGAUUUCGUCGGUGCUGAUCUUGUUCCCUCUGGAGCAGCCGGAGCUCCGAGACAAGUGCACGGAAAAGGUGUACUGGGCGAUUGAGCGGUUGGCGGCCAUACAGGAGCGAAACCCGUUGGCCAAGUCGGCGCAGGGCGUGCUCAGGGCCAUCCUGACCAAGCUGACGCGGGCCGUGGGCAGCCAGGCUCGAGCUCCGGCGGGCGUCACGUCCACCAACAGCAGCAGCAACGACGGCGACGACCCAUGGGGCGUUUUCUCGCAUGGCACGGGUCCAGAGUCAUCGGACUGGGGCGUGCCGCCGGCAGAGAUGCUGGCGGCCAUGGCGCCCGUGUUCCCAACGUCGGACCUGAUCUACCACGACCUCACGGCGAUGCAGGACGUGGGCGAAGCAGGGCCAACAACGGCAGCGCCGACGACGACGUUUGGUUGGCAGUUUGGAGGGGACCUUGGCGAGGACACGGUGUGGCAGAUGUUGAACCAGUUCCAGCCGCGCGGGACGGCAGACGGCGGAGCGGCAGACGGCGGAGUGGCAGACGACGGAGGAGCCGAGGGCAUCGCGACGAUUGGCGGGGAGGCGGCGCCAGGGCGGCAGGGGUUUGCGUGGUGA